CUGCGGCCGAGGCGCCAGCUCCUGACCGGCCGGCCGGCGGCAGCGCCAGCGGGACUCCAGAGGUGACGUGGGGCGGAGGCCGCCGCCAGCUGCGCUCUCCUCAGCCGGUCCCGCUCCCGGACUCGACGCGGACGAUAUGGACACAGUAUGGCCGCAGGAGUGCCGCUUCACUCAGGAGGAAUUCUGCUGCCGCUCGUUGUCCUGUCCGCCAUCUUUCUACAAGUCACCCCUGAGUGCGACCGCGUGUUCGUGAGCCGGCCGCCGCACGGCCCCCAGAACGGCACGUUCUCGGCGCCCGUCCUGGACAACUCGGCGGGCCACGCCCGCCAGUGCGUCUACACGUUCGUGGCCGGCCCGCGGCAGCGCGUCGAGCUCGUCUUCACGUCGUUCCGGCUGCGAGGCGUCCCGCCAGAGUGUAUGCACGAGUACGUGGACGUGUACGCGGAGGUGGUGUCGCACGAGGCGAGCGAGCUGGUCAACUCGCCGUUCGGGGGCCGCUACUGCGGCCACAUCCCGCCGCGGCGCCGCAUCUCGCUGUACCGCGCGCUCGCGCUCGGCUUCUACACGGACCGCAACUACACCACCGCGGACCUCUUCACUGGCAGAUACACCUUCAUCAACGACACCCAGUACGAGAUCGGGACGCCGAUUCCCGACUCGCCGUGCAGCUUCACGGUGCACGCGUCAAGCAAGCGCCAAGGCGAGAUCGUGUCGCCCACGUACCCGGGCGCCUACCCCAAGGAGCUCUACUGCAGCUACCUGUUCCUCGGAUUCUCCUCGCAGCGGGUGCGCAUCGAGUUCCGCGACUUCGACCUCUUCUUCGGCGGCCCGCACUGCCCGCUGGACUACGUGAAGGUGUACGACGGGGCGACGAACGAGUCGGCGGUGAUCGGCACGUACUGCGGCCAGCAGCGCAACCUGGUGCUCUACUCGUCCGAGGCGGCGCUGCUCGUCACGUUCGUCACGCUGCCCAGGACCGCCAACACGCAGAACCGCGGCUUCAAGGGCAUCUUCGAGUUCAGCGAGAGCUUCGUCAAGCUCGACUUUAUCGUGAAGAACGACGGGGAGCACAUACGCGGCUCCGAGUGCGACCAGCAGAUCCUGAGCAAGAAAGAGUCGACGGGUUACGUGUUCAGCCCCAACUACCCGUUCCCCUACGUGCCCAAGAUCGUGUGCAGGUACUUCGUGUACGGCAUGCAGGACGCCCAGCACCUGGAGCGCGUGCGCCUCGAGUUCGAGAUGUUCGACGUCCCCAAGCGAGAGCGAGGAGGAGACUGCUCGGACGGCUACCUGAAGGUGUACCUGCGCGGCCAAGAGGCGACCGACUCUUACGACAAGUUCGACCACGAGCUGUGUGGCAGCGACACCGUCAAGCCCAAGGUGGUCGUCUCCGACGGGCCGCGGCUCGUCAUGGUCUUCAGCAGCGGCGAACAGCAGGGCCGCGGCUUCAAGGCCAAGUACACCUUCGAGACGGAGUACAAGAUUCCGGGGACGGCGGCGCCCGACGGCAGCUGUCGCUUCACGUACCGCAGUUCAAGCAGGAAGAAGGGCGACUUCAACUCGCCGCGCUACCCCUCCAACUACCCCAACGACAUCAACUGCACGUACGACUUCGAGGCGACGCCCAACGAGCAGGUGACGAUCGUCUUCGACCACUUCAAGGUGCGGGCCGAGCGCAUCAACGGCUCCGUCGCAGCAUACGGGUCCUCGAUGUGCACGGAGGACUGGCUGGAGGUGUACAACAAGUACAAGGACGGCACCGAGAAGCUGAUCGGGCGCUACUGCGGCAUGACGGCGCCCGGGCCCAUCGAGUCGAACCGCGCGGCGGCCGGGCUCAGGGUGCUGCUGCACUCCGACCGCGAGAGCGUCUACAGCGGCUUCAAGGCGCGCUACACCUUCGAGGUCGCCAAGUCCAUAUUCGGAGACUGCGGGUCAAACGUGAGCAGCUCCGACUACGGCGUCAUCCAGAGCCCCAACUUCCCGCAGAAGUACGACGGGCCGUCGCGGGGCGUCUCCAGCAAGACGUGUAACUGGUACAUCAGCGUCCGGCCCAAGCACAAGAUACUGCUCAACUUCGAGUACUUCGCCGUCGAGGGCAACCCUGCGGGGCGGGGCUGCCCGGCGGCGGUGGUGCGGCUGUGGUACCGCUCCGACGCGCCGCCCGUCGAGCUGUGCGGCGAGAAGCUGCACGACGAGGCGCACUGGCACUUCCUGUCCGACUCCAACAACAUGCGCCUCAGUUUCAUCUCCGCCGACAAGGCUGUGGGCGCCGAGGGCUUCCGGGCGGUGUGGACGGAGGUGCUGGACAGCGGCGCCUGCGACCAGUUCUCGUGCGCCGCCUCCAACUUCUGCAUCGCCAGCCGCCUGCGCUGCAACCGCGAACCCAACUGCGGCGCCAACGACCGCUCCGACGAGGCUGGCUGUGGCGGAAGCCCCCGCAAGGUGGCUGCGGUGCCCCCCCUCGCCCUCGCCCUUGUGAUCGCAUUCGUCCUCAUCCUGAGGCAAUCGUGAUGUGCUCCAUCUCUGCCCUGCUGUGACGUCUCACCAGCGCGGUGGAGCGCCGCGUGGACGGCGUGGCGCUGGCGGGGGCGGCGGCGGCGGGGCUCGC